AUGGAACCACUCGUGCGUGCGGUGCGGUUCAAGUAUGCUGAUGUUAAAGUUUCACUUGUGUCUCUGCUGCUGCUGUUACCUCUGUGCUUCCCCUCGACAUGUUCCCUCGUGAAAUAAGCACUUGCUCCCGUUUUUCCCUAAUCAAGCUCUGCCACCCGGGGCCGUAUCAAGUGUCAAUACAGUCAUUGGGUGUCACCAGUGAGUUAUAGUUUAGGCCCUACUUGCCUUGGGGCCAAAGUCUCUCUAUAAAUCUCCAUAUUGAAUCACGUUCAAGCCAAAGCAAAAAUCAUCAGUAAUGCAAGUAAUCCAAGAAAAUAUUUCACUAGACAUUUUUGGAGACAAAGUUUUGACACCAACUCAGAGAUUGUUUUUAGGGCAAAUUCUUUCAAAAUACAGCAUACAGCAGUCAUUAACAGAUCAUUGUGUUUCCUCAAUCAUGGCCAUCCUUCAACUGACCACUGAUUUGUUUCACAGUAAAAUGUGAGAUAGUAUAGUCUAAUUAUAGUGGCCUAAUGCAAAACAGUUAUAUAAAAGAUGCAGGGAUCCACUGAGUCUUCAUUUGUUUUGCUUCAAUAAAACAGUCUGCAUGAGCAAUUGUUGACAGAGAGAAAAACUGGAAUGCAACUGGCAAUGUUAAAAAAACAUCCAUCAAUCCCAUCCAAAAACAGACUCCCCAUCCUCAACACACACCAUGAUGCCAUACUGAGCCACACCCAACCAGAGCACACCCAACCCAGAUUCAUUCAGAGACACACUCCCUUCUCCUGCAUACCUUUGCUAUUUCCAGUGCCAUGUUUAGUGAUUAUGUGCAGGGUGUAAACAUAGUGGAUUAUCAACUGAUAAGUAGUUAUAGCCUCUACAUAAUUAGUCAAAUUACAAAUUGGGCUUAUCUAUUCAAUUGGGCAACAGAAAUAAUGUGCUGUUUAGAUAAUAUGUGCUAUCUGCUCCCACCUUUGUGGACUAUUCUUUGCAUGUACAAUAUUCACUCACUGCUAUUAUCUUGACAUCUGCAUUACCAAUAAUACAGGACAGGCAGUGGUCUACCUAAUAAACCCACCUGUGAGGCAUAGAGUUCACAUUAUUAUCACAAACCACUGGUCCUAGAGCGACACCUUGUGGAGAUCUACAUCAAUGCAUGAGGGAGUUUCACAAGAGAGGAAUUGACAGCACUCACCAAGCACAAAACUCACAGCUCUGCUGCAGUGUCACAUCCCUGACAUCUAGGGGAGUUUUAAACUUCUGCUUUGCAUGAAGGACAGACAAGGGAGAACGCUAAUAAGGUUAGGCCAUUAUCCUACUGUGAAUGGUGCCUCAUGUUUUCCUGGACUGUUGACUAUACUUGCAUAACAAGCUUGUCAUCAUGACUCACAGGCAGGCGGGUCUCAGUCUCAGCUCUCAGCAUUGUUGUCAUUCUUUUCUACAGGAAAGUCUCUCGGACGCAUGUCUGCUGUGACGAGUCUGUGAGAUAAGCAACAAGUUAAUGGCUGUGUAGGUAAACGAAACAGGAAUAUCAAGGGGCUCAGACUGUGUUGGUUCUCAGCAGCAACUGACCGCCUGAAAACUUCCCAUGGAGCCAACAAAUCUACAGGUAAAGUGACUGACUACUUAUGUAAAUAGCACUUUAUCUUGGUAGACACAUCUAUGCUUUCUUGUAAAUUAGUAAUAAAUGUUUAUGGGCCUAUGAAUUUGAUUCCACUUGUCAGAGUGAGACUGGCAAGCUGUCUUGGGGCUAGUGUCAUCAUAGAACUCCAGUCAAGCGAGUGUUUCUUGUGUUAGUGCUGUGUUGUCACUUUUGAUAAGCUGAUCAACUUGUUUACUUACAUUCAAACAGACUAAAAGAGCACAGUAUGUUAUAAAGAGAAGGUCUAAAUGAAAAACAAGCAAAAUAUUUUUGGGGCCAAUUUCCCAUAGGCGUACUGUGAGUUUGUACUGUUCAUGCACUCACUACACUCCAGCUAUUGGUCCCAUUAACAAAGAUGAGCUCCCACAUUUGAGAUAAACCUGCUGGACAACAGCUUGUCCCAGAGCCAAGUAAAGCCAUUGUGACCCACUUAAAAUAGUGUUUCACUUUUACACAGCUAAGAGAAAUUCAGUAGUGGCUUGUGAUGCUGAUGCUCCAUCUCCAUGUAUUCCAUGAUCUAAUCAGAGCAUAAAAAUUGUAUGAGUGUGUCUCUGCAUUUGGCCAGUAACCACAAGGUCACUGGUUUGAAUCCCCAAACCAACUAGGUGAAAAAUAUGUUGAUGUGCCCUUGGGCAAGGCACUUAACUGAAGUUGCUCUGGAUAAGUGUCUGCUAAAUGACAAAAAUGUCUCAUUCAAAUGAAGCAAUUAAUGUAGACAUAAUAGGAGACUAUGUGGUGACAGUGAAUGAUGCUGUACUCCUCCUACUUUCUUCUGCCCAACUCCUCCUACUCUUUUCUGCCCAACUCAUCCCUCUCUCUCCCACUCCUUUCUGCCCAACUCAUCCCUCUCUCUCCCACUCCUUUCUGCCCAACUCAUCCCUCUCUCUCCCACUCCUUUCUGCCCAACUCAUCCCUCUCACCCUCUCAUUUCAGAAAGCUAUAGCUGUAGCACAGAAAGCCUCCCAGGAGGACCAGGCUGGGAACUACACGGAGGCUAUCAAAUCUUACCAACACGCUGUCAAGUACUUCCUGCACAUUAUAAAACGUAUGUAACUGUCGCUCCUGAAGAAAUUGACCAAAUGUCAUACGGACAGGACAUAAUAAUUAUAAUUAGUCAUUUAGCAGACGCUCUUAUCCAGAGCGACUUACAGGAGCAAUUAGGGUUAAGUGCCUUGCUCAAGGGCACAUCGACAGAUUUUUCACCUAGUCGGCUCGGGGAUUAGAACCAGCGACCUUUCGGUUACUGGCACAACGCUCUUAACCACUAAGCUACCUGCCGCCCUACAUGCAGUUCAGUAGCUACAGAAUUGUAAUGGGAUAUGAUGCUCCAAACCCGUUACAGCUUGGCUAGUGUAAAGUUCAGCAAGGAAUUUUUCAACUAACCUGUUCUUGGCAAUACUUUUAAAAUUCUCGAUUUCAAAGAAUAAUAUAUCUUAUAAAUGUCUGUGUCCAGUUGCAUGUGUUCUCCAAAAAACAGAGAAAAUUCAGAAAGAUAUUAAAUACACGUUUUGUAUUGCUAAACUUUACACUAGCCAAGAUGUAAGGGGUAUGGAGCAUCACAUAGGGUAAUUUGGGGCAACUAGCCCCCCUUUAACAAAAUGUCUAACUGCUGACACAGAAUGUCUUAGUUUGGUAAAAAUGUGGCAUGUGGAUGAUGGCCAUGAGUAGGCAAACAAACUAUGAAGGAAUAUAAAUGGCUACAGUUGAUACAUUUAUUUUUAUUUAAGAAAUAAAUCAAAGGGGCAUCCAGCUAUCGGGGUAACUAAAUGACUGUAACUCAAUGAAUAUAUUAUUUGGACAUGAUUUGGAAAAUGCUAAUAUACUGUAGGUACCAUUGACUUGCUUUGGAUAGCUUGGUGGCACUGCUUUCCCGCAGUUCUGUUAACGAUGGAGAGGGCAGGUGUUCGGCAGGCUGUAGUGCUAGCUAGCUAGCUAGGAGGACCACGGUACACAGCAGGCGGGAGGCGGGGGCGACACCGGUAGAAAAUAUAUUUAUAACUAACCCACCUGUAGACAGUGUCCUUCGCCACCGAAAAACUCAGAUAAUACUUUUAUUUCCCUUUUGACCCACAUUUUAAUCACAUAGACAAUCAGGGGAAAUCCAGAAUAUCAAAAGUAGAUCUGUCACGCCCUGACUUAUGGGUCUCUAGUAUGUUGAGUCAGGGUGUGGAGAUCUAUGUCAUUAUUUCUAUGUUCACAUUCUAGUUAUUGUAUUUCUAUGUUUGGCCGGGUGUGAUUCCCAAUCAGAGGCAGCUGUCGCUCGUUGUCUCUAAUUGGGGAUCAUACUUAAGUAGCCUGGUUGCAAUCAUUAGUUGUGGGAUCUUGUUCCGUGUAGAGGCUUGGUUUGUGUUUAGCCUGAGGACUUCACGUUAAGUUGUUUUUGUUUGUGUGUUUAUCUUUAUAAUAAACAUGUAUGCAUUUCACGCUGCGCCUUGGUCUGACCCGUCCUUCAACGAACGUGACAAGAUCUGAGUACCUCCCCUAGGAUUUCUAUAACGCAAACACAUUCUAACCAUUCUGAUUGGUCCCAGAAAACGAUGGGUUGGGCCAGAGCCAGAACACACGUGGAUAAAGCGGCAUUUUGAAAAUGUGUCAUUGGCUUUGAUACUCUGAUUGGUUAGAGAUGAUCCCAUCGCUGAUGACUUUAUUUUGUACAACACCCCUCAUUUUGACAUCACCACAAACGACUUCAAUGAUGGCAGUCUCAACCUGAAGUAUGGAGCGAACAUAGAGCAGUGGAAGAAUUCAGUUUGAGUCAUCAGGCAAGCCUACCCUAGGCCUACCCUAUGGUCUCUACAAUAAUCGGUGUAACUGUCCACAACUCUUAAAACUUCUCUCCUCUCCUCAGGUGAACCACAGGGUAAAGAGGGCAACCAGAAGAUCAGAGAAAAGUGUAAACUGUACCUGGACAGAGUGGAAGAACUCCAGGAGUAUCUAGAAAAUAAAGAGGUAAUUAGACAAUGGACAAUUCUAUAAACAAUUUAGGCUAAAUGCACAGAUCCUAUUAUAUUACGAAUUCCUAAUUCUAUAGUCCGAUGUGGGCUCCCGAGUGAUGCAGCGGUCUAAGGCACUGCAUCUCUAGUGCUUGAGUCACUACAGACGCCCUGGUUCGAUUCCAGGCUGUAUCACAACCGGCCGUGAUUGGGAGUCCCAUAGGGCGGCACACAAUUGGCCCGGGUUUGGCCGGUGUAGGCCGUCAUUGUAAAUAAGAAUAUGUUCUUAACUGACUUGCCUGGUAAAAUAAAUGUGUAGGCCUAUGCCUGGAGGUAAGGAUAUAGCUAAUAGGAGAUGUGCAUUGUGCAUAUCCUUCACAUGUCAACAUGAUCCUAAUCCUACACAUUUUACAUUUCAUCCCUCUACAAUAAUUUAUUGACACCCAUGUGUGCGUCUAUGAAUGACGUAGGAACAUUCCCUGGUCACAUGAGAAUUCUACUGGAAUUAAGUCGGCGUCUGAUAACGCGGAAGUGUAGGUUUUUUUUUUUUUUUUACCUUCAAUGUAUCGUUAUUCAAAGAUCUGAAAAAGGCUUGAAUAGCGACCUUGAUCGGUUGCAAUUUAAGUAAUUAACAAAUACAGGGCCUGUUCGUAGCGAUUUUUUGACAAGUAAUCCGCCCUUAUGGCUGCCAACAACAAUUUACAGGUAAGUUGGAAAAGCUAACGUCGGCUAGCUAGCUACAGUAGUUAGCAAAAUUACAAACCACCCAUUUAGCUAACUAUUAUUUGUAGAUCAUUUUUUAGUUCGUUUGUUAGCUAGCUUAACAUAAUGAUUAAUUCGCCGUUAUACUGUUGUCAUAUUUUGUUAUAAGUGUCGUUAGAUAACAAUCACAGUUAGCUACCAUGCUAUCUGGCGACGGUAAAAUGCUAGCUUGUUAGCUCGGACGCUAGCUAGCGAUAACAGUUAAUGUUGACAGUAGUCAAUAUGAAAUUAUUGUAAGCCUGAUUGAAGAUGGUUAGCUAACUAACAUCAGCUUGCUUUGGCUAACGUUAACUAACUUUUAUCUGAAACUUGAUAGCUUCAAUGUUUGCUAGCAGCUUGCAAAGUUGACCGGUUCGUUUUAGUUCUAAAUGUGCUCCCCUCCCCAACAAGGCCAGAACGAGACAAUCUGAAAUUUGAAUAGCAACCAAGUACCAUGGAACAUACACAUACAUAGAACAUACACAUACAUAGCUGUAGCUCUACCUAAAGCCUUGCAUAUGGGGUCAAUGUUUUUGUACUUGCUUCUGGUUACUGUAAUUAGAAUUAUGUGCUUGUGUUAUGCCAUAGCUUUGAAGAGAGUCAAUUAAUUCUGAUUGACAAGAUCAAACUUAACUUGCAGCGAAUCCUUUCAAUUUGUUUUCCUUAUGUCUUGUUUUUUUCAUAACUUUCUAAUUUUCUUGUUUUUCAGAAAGCCAUAGAUCUGGCCAGCAAGGCGGCCCAGGAGGAUAAAGCUCAGAACUACGAAGAGGCCCUUCGUUUAUACCAAAACGCUGUUCAGUACUUCCUACACGUAGUAAAAUGUAUGCUUUAAGGAAACAGGAUAUUUGCAUACUGCGCUUUUCUCUUUUAGGGUUGUAAUAGUCUCUGGAUUGUUAUGUCAAUUGGUUUGUGUGGAUUUGUUUGUAUCACAACCUCUGUCUCAUAUAGGCUAAUGGGGACAUUUUAGAAUCUCACUAUGGUAGUGACCGGUCAAAGGUAUCUGGGCCAAACUAUUGGAACCUAUCAGUUGAAUGUGUUCUCUGUCCAGUGUCUACUUUUACUUCUCAGCAGAAUUAAUUACUUUUCAAUUUCACAGAAUUUCAUAUAGUCCAGGGGAGAUAACUGUAAUUGUGAUUUAUUCAUACGUUUUCAAAAUAAAAACGAUUCUUCAGAUGGUAUUUUAAUAGAAUUCGUCCAUUUCUCUCCUGCCAGAUGAACCUCAGGGCGACAAAGCCAAACAGAGCAUCAGGACCAAGUGUGCCGAGUACCUGGACAGAGCAGAGAAGCUGAAAGAAUACCUGAAGAAGAAAGAGAAGGCUCCACCCACCAAGCCUGUGAAGGAAUCCCAAGCUGACGACAAAGGGUGUGUGUGCGAGCAGGCUUUGUUCAUGCAAUGAGGCUUUACUGUGUGUGGAUUGGGUUUAGCCUGUUAUAGAGAGUGAUUUGGAAUGUGAUGAGUCAACCUAUGUAGAUGCUCUAGUUGGAUCAAAAACAUCUGUUGUGGUUCUGUACACUCUUGUGCUCAUUAGCUUAAUUGAGAUGGAUUAUUAUUGUGCAGGAAUGAGAGUGAUGAAGGAGACGGCCCAGAAAAGAAGAAGUUUCAGAACCAACUUUCAGGUUAGUUAUAUCACUGACAUGCUGUGUGGUAGUUUUACUUUUGUAUUGUAUCACAACACUCUGUCACAAUUUUAUAGUAUGUCAAAUGAUUUUUUUGCCUAAUGUCCACUUACAUUUCAGUUUUACCUUCUCCCUUUGAUGUCUAACUAAUUUAUUAUUAGAUUUUCACAUGAAUGUAUCUGAUCAUUUUCCUUCACUGUAAAAUUAUUUAUAUGUUCUCCUCAUACUGGAUUUGUUUUUCAGGGGCUAUCGUUAUGGAAAAGCCAAACAUCAAGUGGAAUGAUGUUGCCGGAUUAGAGGGAGCCAAAGAGGCCCUGAAAGAAGCUGUUAUUUUGCCAAUCAAAUUCCCACAUCUUUUCACAGGUAACGUAGUCUUACUGCCUCAGAUAACCAAAGAAUUAAUGAUGAAAUAAUUUUUUUUGAAUGUAUGAAGAAACAUUUUCGGCUUUAAGAAUAUACUGAAAAUAAAUGAAUCCAUCCAACCGCAUUGCAUAGUAUACAGUCAAUUGAUUAUUACCCUUCAUUCAUUUGUAAAUAAAAAGUUUAGUCUAUUUCUGCCCCAAUGUUAUUCACGACCACUCCCAACAACCUGUCUCUGUCUGUCUGUCAGGCAAAAGAACGCCAUGGAGGGGGAUCCUACUCUUCGGUCCUCCUGGAACAGGAAAGUCCUACCUGGCUAAAGCUGUGGCCACAGAGGCCAACAACUCCACCUUCUUUUCCAUCUCCUCCUCUGACCUGGUAUCCAAGUGGCUGGGAGAGAGUGAAAAGUGAGAUGUUACUCUUAAUCCUGGGAAACAUGGGGGAUUAUUUGUAGAAAUUGUGGAGAGGCGUGAAGUCCAAUGCUGCCGUUUUAAUUUGUUUGUAAAUUAGGCCUAGAUUAAGCCUAGUCCUGGACUAAAAAGCCAGCUCAAUAGAUAAUAUUUUAGUCCAGUAUUGGGUUUAAUCUGUGUCCCGGACAUUGCUCCCAUGUGUCUAAUAGGGAAAAGCAUCACCUUGAUGUUUCUUCAAUGCUCCUUUCUCCUCUCCAGGUUGGUAAAGAACUUGUUCACCCUUGCACGGGAGCACAAGCCCUCCAUCAUCUUUAUAGAUGAGAUAGACUCGCUGUGUGGCUCCAGGAGUGAGAAUGAGAGUGAGGCAGCUCGCCGCAUCAAGACAGAGUUCCUAGUUCAAAUGCAGGGUGAGAGAGCCAGAAAACAACAUGUAUCUGGAUAUUAUAGUGGGCUGUAUUGGUGUUAAAGUUAAAAUGGUUGUAAAUUGUUAAUGAAAUUAUUUUCCCACAGGGGUUGGGAAUGACAACGAUGGUGUACUGGUGCUAGGGGCCACCAACAUCCCGUGGACGUUGGACUCUGCCAUCAGAAGACGGUAAUGACACAUUCUUACACUGGCUUAGCCUACCAUCCCAACAGUGUACAAAAUAACUUAUCCUUUAUGAUUCUUGACUGUGACAGCACAGCCAUAAAAAUGUAUGAUAACUUGUACAACUCAGCUUGAACAUGAUUAGGGAUAACGUCAACACACUGGACUGAAGUAAGAAAACUGUGACUCAGCAGCACUGCUUCUUAGCUUUUUGUUGCUGCUCAGAUCUACCCUGUAGAUGUAGGGGAUGGAGAUGUAUUCUUCUUCCUGUAGAGUAAGUGUGAUACGUUCAGUACAGCUCAUCCUUAAUUAUCUCAGGUUUGAGAAGAGGAUCUACAUCCCCCUGCCAGAGGAACACGCCCGCACCUUCAUGUUCAAGCUCCACUUGGGCGCCACACCCACCAGCCUCAACGACUCUGACUUUGUCACCCUGGGAAAGAAGACAGACGGCUACUCAGGGGCGGACAUCAGCGUCAUCGUCAGAGAUGCGCUUAUGCAACCAGUCAGGAAAGUUCAAUCAGCCACUCACUUCAAACGGGUACGUCUCCAUAAUGACGACCAUUGAAUAACGUUGUCUAUUUAUCCUUCAGUGAUAAUCUUUAUAUCACAUUUUAUUUAUCGCAUGCUUCGUAAACAAACCAGUGUAGACUAACAGUGAAAAUCAAAUGUGUAUUUAUUAGUUGUUGUUUUUUUUUUUGUGGGGGGGGGGGGUUGUAAGAUCAGCUUUAAUAUUGCAGAUAGAUUGUAACUUCCAUCAAUGUAAUUGUCUGCAUCAGUGAAAUUCCUACUUACGUGACCUUCCCAACAACACAGUGAGAAAAAAUAUAAAUAAUGGAAAAAUAACAACACGACGAAUAAAUACACAAUGCGUAACGAUAGCUUGGCUAUAUACACGGGGUACCAGUACCGAGUCGAUGUGCAGGGGUGAGUGGUAAUUGAGGUAGAUAUGUACAUAUAGGUAGGGAUAAAGUGUCUAGGCAACAGGAUAGAUAAUAAACAGUAGCAGCAGCAUAUGUGAUGAGUCAAAAGAGGGUCAAUGCAGAUAGUUUGGGUAGCUAUUGGUUAACUAUUUAGCAGUCUUAUGGCUUGGGGUUUGAAGCUGUUCAGGGUCCUGUUGGUUCCAGACUUGGUGCGUCGGUACCGCUUGUCAUGCGAUAGCAGAGAGAAGAGUCUUUGACAAUUUUUAGGGCCUUCCUCUGACAUCGCCUGGUAUAGAGGUCCUGGAUGGCAGGGAGGUCGGCCUACCCUCUGUAGCGCCUUGUGGUCGGAUGUCCAAGCAGUUGCCAUACCAAGCGGUGAUGCAGCCAGUCAAGAUGCUCUCAAUGGUGCAGCUGUAGAACUUUUGAGAAUCUGAGGGCCCAUGCCAAAUCUUUUCAGCCUCGUGAGGGGGAAGAGGUGUGUGCGUUCUUCACAACUGUGCUGGUGUGUGUGGACCAUGAUAAUUCCUUAGUGAUGUGGACACAGAGGAACUUGAAACUCUCGACCCACUCCACUACAGCCCUGUCUAGGUGGAUAGGGGCGUGCUCGCCCCUACGUUUUCUGUAGUCCACGAUCAGCUCCUUUGCCUUGCUGACGUUGAGGGAGAGGAUGUUGUCCUGGCACCACACUGCCAGGUCACCAACAACCUCCCUAUAGGCUGUCUCAUCGUUGUCAGUGAUCAGGCCAACCACUGUCGUAUCGUCAGCAAACUUAAUGGUGGUGGAGUCGUGUGCGGCCAGUCGUGGGUGAACUGGGAGUACAAGAGGGGACUAAGCGUGCACCCCUGAGGGGCCACCGUGUUGAGGUUGAGCGUGUCAAGCUCCUUUUCUAUUGAGUUUAAUUUGUAACAUUACAAAUUGCACUGUUAUUGAAGGUACGAGGGCCAUCGAGAGACAACCCCAACAUCCUGGUAGAUGACCUUUUGACCCCGUGCUCCCCAGGAGACCCGAACGGCAUUGAGAUGACAUGGAUGGAAGUCCCUGGGGAAAAGCUAUGUGAGCCAGUCGUUUGUAUGGUGAGUGUGCAGAAUUUUUUUAGUUAUUAAUAAUAAGUUUCCCUGCUUCAAUGGUAAUGUUUCUGGGGGAAACAAGACUGUUGAAUAACCUUUGAUCAUGUCUCUCUUUUUAUGAUUUGCAGUCUGACAUGCUGAGGUCCCUGACCAGCACAAAGCCAACAGUCAAUGAUCAGGAUUUGGUCAAACUGAAAAAGUUCACAGAGGACUUUGGACAGGAGGGCUAAAUUGGGGCAUUUGAGCCAAACCAAAGCAAAUAUUAUUAUUGAUUGUCAAGUGUUCCUUCUCUCCUCUGUCUUUCUCCCACUCUCCCCCUCAGGCUGUGUUGGCUUAUCACAUGACUGCUCUACUAAUAGAAAUAUAAUUACUAGAACGGACAUCUCCAUUUAAGUAAUCUAUUUCUUUGGCUCUACUGAGCUUGUCUAUUGGCCACACAAGGGGUUAAACAAAGACUGAUAUUUUCUUAGAUGCUUCCCAUGUCUAAAGGAUUAUGGAUCUCUUCACAUGUCUGAGGUAGACUUGAUUGGUGGAUGGAAAGCUACAUGGAAGUUAUGAACAUUGGUGCAGCACCUUGGGCCGAAUCCUAAUAUGAGAACAAUGCUCAACUCGAACGUUUGCAUACAUCAUGCUUUGAAGUCAAUGGGAGUUUGAUCUGGAAAUUCAAGUUGCCGAUACAAGCAUGUUAACAAAAUUAGAAUGCUUCUCUUUGUGUAGAGUGCUUAUCUAACUUGCCCAAUAAAUAUCUGAGCUAAUUUUCCAAGUACCCAUCCACUUUCUGUCAAAUUGCACCUCACUUUUCAGUGUGAGCACCCAUAAAUUCAACUUAUUUUUGUACAAAUAAGAUAUGAAAAUCCUUUUUAUAGUAGAUACUGUAUGGAGAUAUAUACAGUUGAAGUCGGAAGUUUACAUACACCUUAGCCAAAAACAUUUAAACUCAGUUUUUCACAAUUCCUGACAUUUAAUCCUAGUAAACAUUCCCUGUUUUAGGUCAGUUAGGAUCACCACUUUUAUUUUAAGAAUGUGAAAUGUCAGAAUAAUUGUAGAGAAUUAUUUAUUUAUGCUUUUAGUUAUUUCAUCACAUUCCCAGUGGGUCAGAAGUUUACAUACACUCAAUUAGUAUUUGGUAGCAUUGCCUUUAAAUUGUUUAACUUCGGUCAAAUGUUCCGGGUAGCCUUCCACAAGCUUCCCACAAUAAAUUGGGUGAAUUUUGGCCCAUUCCUCUUGACAGAGCUGGUGUAACUGAGUCGGGUUUGUAGGCCUCCUUGCUCACACACGCUUUUUCAGUUCUGCCCACACAUUUUCUAUAGGAUUGAGGUCAGGGCUUUGUGAUGGCCACUCCAAUACCUUAACGUUGUUGUCCUUAAGCCAUUUUGCCACAACUUUGGAAGUAUGCUUGGGGUCAUUGUCCAUUUGGAAGACCCAUUUGCGACCAAGCUUUAACUUCCUGACUGAUGUCUUGAUGUUGCUUCAAUAUAUCCACAUAAUUUUCCUUCCUCAUGAUGCCAUCUAUUUUAUGAAGUGCACCAGUCCCUCCUGCAGCAAAGCACCCCCACAGCAUGAUGCUGCCACCCCGUGCUUCACGGUUGGGAUGGUGUUCUUCAGCUUGCAGCCAACCCCUUUUUCCUCCAAACAUAACGAUGGUCAUUAUGGCCAAACAGUUAUAUUUUUGUUUCAUCAGACCAGAGGACAUUUCUCCAAAAAGUAAAUGUUUGUCCCCAUGUGCAGUUGCAAACCGUAGUCUCGCUUUUCUUAUGGCGGUUUUGGAGCAGUGGCUUCUUCCUUGCUGAGCGGCCUUUCAGGUUAUGUCGAUAUAGGACUCGUUUUACUGUAGAUACUUUUGCACCUGUUUCCUCCAUCUUCACAAGGUCCUUUGCUGUUGUUCUGGGAUUGAUUUGCACUUUUCGCACCAAAGUACGUUCAAUCUCUAGAAGACAGAACGCGUCUCCUUCCUGAGCGGUAUGAUGGCUGCGUGGUCCCAUGGUGUUUAUACUUGCGUACUAUUGUUUGUACAGAUGAAAGUGGUACCUUCAGGCGUUUCGAAAUUGCUCCCAAGGAUGAACCAGACUUGUGGGGGUCUACAAUUUUUUUUCUGAGGUUUUGGCUGAUUUCUUUUGAUUUUACCAUGAUGUCAAGCAAAGAGGAACUGAGUUUGAAGGGAGGCCUUGAAAUGCAUCCACAGGUACACCUCCAAUUGACUCAAAUGAUGUCAAUUAGCCUAUCAGAAGCUUCUAAAGCCAUGACAUCAUUUUCUGGAAUUUUCCAAGCUGUUUAAAGGCACAGUCAACUUAGUGUAUGUAAACUUCUGACCCACUGGAAUUGUGAUACAGUGAAUUAUAGGUGAAAUAAUCUGUAAACAAUUGUUGGAAAAAUGACUUGUCAUGCACAAAGUAGAUGUCCUAACCGACUUGCCAAAACUAUAGUUUGUUAACAAGAAAUGUGUGUGGUUGAAAAACGAGUUUUAAUGACUCCAACCUAAGUAUGUAAACUUCUGACUUCAACUGUAGCUCUUUGGUCUGAAGAGAAUGAAACUAACAAUGCAUGCCGUUGUGCUUGCACAGGAUAUUUUUUGAAUAUUAUUGAUGGAAUUUGUGACAGUCUCAAGGUGAUAGGAGUUACAUGGGUUUGGAUAAUUGAACCACUGUAAAUGUACAGGUGUAGGAUAUUUUGAUCACCCUGUUGCAGUAAAUGCAAACUUGUAGUCUAUUUGCGGUUUAAAAAUGCUUCUCAAGUUUGUAAUUUCCACUUUAAAAUGUCAGGCUUGAUUUGCCCAAAGGAAAAAUGUAUCAACACCUGUUGCUGCAGGAUUAUUUUCCUGCUGUGAAGAACUGGUCAAAUUAAGAUCCUGCAUCUGUAUGUACAGUGGGGAGAACAAGUAUUUGAUACUGCCGAUUUUGCAGGUUUUCCUACUUACAAAGCAUGUAGAGGUCUGUAAUUUUUAUCAUAGGUACACUUCAACUGUGAGAGACGGAAUCUAAAACAGAAAUCCAAAAAAUCACAUUGUAUGAUUUUAAGUAAUUAAUUUGCAUUUUAUUGCAUGACAUAAGUAUUUGAUACAUCAGAAAAGCAGAACUUAAUAUUUGGUACAGAAACCUUUGUUUGCAAUUACAGAGAUCAUACGUUUCCUGUAGGUCUUGACCAGGUUUGCACACACUGCAGCAGGGAUUUUGGCCCCUCCUCCAUACAGACCUUCUCCAGAUCCUUCAGGUUUCGGGGCUGUCGCUGGGCAAUACGGACUUUCAGCUCCAUCCAAAGAUUUUCUGUUGGGUUCAGGUCUGGAGACUGGCUAGGCCACUCCAGGACCUUGAGAUGCUUCUUACGGAGCCACUCCUUAGUUGCCCUGACUGUGUGUUUGGGGUCGUUGUCAUGCUGGAAGACCCAGCCACGACCCAUAUUCAAUGCUCUUACUGAGGAAAGGAGGUUGUUGGCCAAGAUCACGCGAUACAUGGCCCCAUCCAUCCUCCCCUCAAUACGGUGCAGUCAUCCUGUCCCCUUUGCAGAAAAGCAUCCCCAAAGAAUGUUUCCACCUCCAUGCUACACAGUUGGGAUGGUGUUCUUGGUUGUACUCAUCCUUCUUCCUCCAAACACGGCGAGUGGUUUAGACCAAAAAGCUCUAUUUUUGUCUCAUCAGACCACAUGACCUUCUCCCAUUCCUCCUCUGGAUGAUCCAGAUGGUCAUUGGCAAACUUCAGACGGGCCUGGACAUGCGCUGGCUUGAGCAGGGGGACCUUGAGUGCGCUGCAGGAUUUUAAUCCAUGAUGGCAUAGUGUGUUACUAAUGGUUUUCUUUGAGACUGUGGUCCCAGCUCUCUUCAGGUCAUUGACCAGGUCCUGUCGUGUAGUUCUGGGCUGAUCCCUCACCUUCCUCAUGAUUAUUGAUGCCCCACGAUUGACCGUCAUCUUGAACUUUUCAAUUUUCUAAUAAUUGCGCCAACAGUUGUUGCCUUCUCACCAAGCUGCUUGCCUAUUGUCCUGUAGCCCAUCCCAACCUUGUGCAGGUCUACAAUUUUAUCCCUGAUGUCCUUACACAGCUCUCUGGUCUUAGCCAUUGUGUAGAGGUUGGAGUCUGUUUGAUUGUGUGUGGACAGGUGUCUUUUAUACAGGUAACGAGUUCAAACAGGUGCAGUUAAUACAGGUAAUGAGUGGAGAACAGGAGGGCUUCUUAAAGAAAAACUAACAGGUCUGUGAGAGCCGGAAUUCUUACUGGUUGGUAGGUGAUCAAAUACUUAUGUCAUGCAAUAAAAUGCUAAUUAAUUACUUAAAAAUCAUACAAUGUGAUUUUCUGGAUUUUUGUUUUAGAUUCCGUCUCUCACAGUUGAAGUGUACCUAUGAUAAAAAAUUACAGACCUCUACAUGCUUUGUAAGUAGGAAAACCUGCAAAAUCGGCAGUGUAUCAAAUACUUGUUCUCCCCACUGUCAUUCUACGUACACAGGCAUUUGUGGGGCUUCUGCUAGGGUUAGAAGAGUUGACACACUGGAUGGAAACUGCUUUGGGAUGUAUUUUAUAUGUAGAUUUGUUUUUCCCCUGAGAAGAAAGGCUACUCUGUUUGUUCAUUGUCAUUCUGAUUCAAACUGUCAGAAUCACCAAAGUUACUGUACCAGAAAAACCUUAUAAUAUAGUAAAGGAUUCAAUACUUUUUUCCCCGACCAUCCACGCACCCUACAUAUUUCCCUCAUGUAUCCCUGUUGCUGAUCUUCCUAACAAGAACUACUAGAAAGAGAUGAUGCCUUACUGAGAUCGUCACACUGUCUAACGGUGUUGAAGAAACAACGGGACUGAUAUUUUGGUGUGAAUGGAAUUGUGUAGGUAGCCUGAAAUUGACAUUUUAGGCACAGAAGAACACCCUCAUGGCAUCAUGUCCUUUUUGUUAUUGCAAUGCUUACUACCUUUAAGAUGUGGCCAUUUUAAGUGGCAAUGCACACCAUGUGCUUUCUAAACAAGUAUCAAGAUCAUAUACAUUGUUCUUUUGCUUGGUUCAUUUUAAAAUUUGGUUGUUGAUAUCCAGUAAGACACAGCUAUAUUGUGGGUUUUGUCAUUGUUGCCAUUAAAUAUAUUUGCACAUUUCAUGUAAACUGGCUUUUAGAGAUUGUAUAUGUCUAUACUCCUAUGCACUUAGUGUUGGUAUUCUUAAGACUUUCUUUCAAAGUGUUGAGGACAUCUUUGGUGUGGUCUUUUAAAUUCACUUUACUGUGAAACGUUUUGUGUAGAGAAUGAUACAGUAUAUCUGUAU